AUGGCCUCCAACAGCUCCAACGUCAUCUUCGACGACAUCUUCACGAUUAGCGACAUCGACAAGGAAGGCAAAAAAUUCGACCGAGUCUCUCGCCUAUACGCACACUCAAAAAACUACGACAUGGACCUCACGUUAGACUACAAUGUCGAACUCUACCCGCUACAGCAGGAUCAGUCCUUCGCACUCGCACUUGCGUCGUCCCUCGCGCGGGGGCCACCAACUGCGGGUGGGGAUGAUGACAAGGACAACGACGUGUGGAGGCCAGACGGGAAGGGACGCCGUGGACUCGAAGAGGACUACGAGUAUGUGAUGUACGGCAAGGUAUAUAGGUUCGACGGCGGCGCGGCGGAGAUUGUAACGGCGUAUGCGUCGUUUGGUGGGCUCCUCAUGUCGCUGACGGGCUCCUUUCGACAUAUGACGGGUAUCGUGCUCGGGGACCCUGUGUAUAUACUAUUGAGGAAGUGA